AUGUCAAAGAAUAGCCUGGGAAAUGACUCUACCACCAUACAUAUCAAUACAAAUGCUUUCUUGGUUGAUGAGACGUCGUCAUCAGAUAGUUCUGAUGAAAUAGCUGUGUUUGAUAGUCGAGAUUUAAGCCUUCUAAGUUAUGAGAGGAAAGUGCUUUGCGAAGAGAGAAUAUGUGAUUUAUAUAAGGCAUUUCGCUUCAAUGGUCCCGAGUACAAGUCGAAAAGAACUGUUUAUGGUUCUGCGACAUUAGACACAGAUUUUUUUGAUCAUAUCCAACAAAAGGUCAGCCUCAAUUUUGAUGCGCGAAAAAUCUCCCAAGCUCUUAAUUUAUAUCAUAUCAAAGGUGUAGGAAUCAGAGUUGGUGCUAGCAGAAUGAGAAUAUCAGUAUUUGACUUCAUUGUGCUUUUGAUGGACCAUAUUUGGAAAGAACGUAAUAGAACAGUAAAAAACUACAGUAUUUAUCGCGUCGCUGGUUAUGUGGGCGUGGAUCGCUCUCAUUUACUGCUUUUAAGUAAUUUGGUGAACAGUAAUUUUGUACUCUCUCCUUCUGAAAUAGCUGUUAAGACUCUUUGUGAACCAACAGAAAUGAUUGUGAUGUUAACGAUGGUAUUAGCUCAAAUGUAUAGUUGGCCUGUUGCUAAAGAUUUCAAUAAGAAAUGGAAAAAUAUUGAGACAGCUUCUAUACCUUCGGAUGAGGAAGCUGUGCAGUCCCUGAAUGAUUUAACUACCAUAGCUCUUGAAGUAUUGGAGAGCUUCAAAAAUGAUCGACCAUCAUCUUAUUUGAUUCACUUGUGGUUAACAUACGGUUCUGUUAUUCACAGUGCUAUGAAUGGAAGUAACGACACCGAUUUGAUUACAAUGUCGAAUGAAUUAACUGAGUACACUAGCAGUCUUCUAAAUGAAUUGAUUAUUGUCUGUUUAAUGAAUUCAAAAUUUAUGCAAUUAAAUGUGAUUAUUAAACCAUGGGACAGACGAACCCUUCAUCUGUUUUAUGUAGUUGUGCAGCGUGCUUUACCAUUAGCCAGUGAAAGCAUACCAGAAGUUUGUUCUUUAACUCCAAAAUGGUCACAUUGGGCAGAAUCUUUGAUCAAUCAACAGUCUUCAAGUAAUUCUGAAAAGAAUGAGGAUACGUUUGGGGAAGAAAUCAGUGUUGUCACUAUAACAAAAGGUGAAACUUCACUGAAUAAUUAUGUCAUUGUCGAUGAUCCUGUAGAUAUCAGUGACAUUCCGAAUGGUUCUUUCUGUUUAGCUCGGCAACAGAAAGCAUAUAAUUUCGUUCGUUGUCAAAUUAUUAAAAGGGCAUCUUCUCGUGAAUAUUGUGUUUUGUUUGGUGAUGGCAACGAAGAAGUUGUUGACAUAUCACGUAUUGCUCGUAAAAUUGAAGGUCGUUUACGUAUGUGGGAAGGAGUUCGUGUUUGCGCAUUGUAUGAACCAAAACUUGCAUCUGAACGUUAUCGCAAAGCCUUUUAUUCUGGAAUAGUUGGUGUUGGACCACAUGGAUUUUCACAGAAUGAAAUGCUGAUAUUUUUCGACAAUGGCGUUGAUAGUUUUGUCCAUGAACGAACCGUGUAUAUGCUUGCAGAGCAAAAAAGUAAACUAAAUGGUGGUAAAGAAGAAAUCGAUCGUCGUAAUAAUUGGUGCUUAGUUCCUCAAAGUCGGCAGCGAUUUAUGCAUCACUAUUUAAAGAAUUUUCCGGACUGGCCGUUGGUACCAAUGAGGCGGAAAGAAAACACUCAGCGAGUAAAUAUUCUUCGAGAUGGCAAAGCGCAGUCUGCAUUUGUGUUACGAAUUGACCGACAAUUUGCAUUACUCCGGUUCCCAAAUCGUCAAAAAUCUGGUGCAGAUUGCGUAGCACUUCCAUGCAAUCGUCAUAGUCAUCUGGAUGAAUGGAUAUAUCGUGGCUCCGAGAGAUUGGAAGCGAUUCGUCAAACAAUUGAUAGAUUAGAAAAAAUUGAGCGGCAAGAAAAAGUGGGAGUGGGCAUGCCGCUAACGCGUUCCAGGCGGGAAGCACGUUUGCCGCAUAAUUUGGAAUAUACGCUUCCACUUUUACGAAGACACAUUUCAAAUGUGGAUUCAUGUGAAAAUAUGGAUCUCUGUCAACGUGGUCGAGUUUUGCUGGGUGAUAAUGAAUCGAUUUAUCCUAGACGUCAAACAGCUCGAAAAGGAGGAAAUACAACUCUCCAGAAGGAAAUUGACUUUCAAGAUGACUCAGUUCUUGAAGGCAAAGCGAACCGUCCACGAAAAGAGAAAAAUCUGAUCGUACACACCAUACCAGAAUGGAGUGGAUUGCGGCAAUCUGCACAUUCACAGUGUACUAUUGAUUGCUUGCAACGCCUAGAUAAAGAUCCAUAUGAUAAAGAUUUUUCUGGUUACUCACCUUAUAUGAUUCCUAUGCUGGUCGGAUGGUCGCGAGAAAUCGCAACUUUCACGAGGAAAACUAAACUAGCUCAUAAUCAUAAAGUAGCUGGUUCUACUAUUGUUUAUCGAACGCCUUGUGGAAUUCCUACUUAUAGACUCGACCAAAUCACAAAAUACUUGAAGGAUACGUGCAGUCGUUUGACUAUUGAUUUAUUUACAUUCGAUCGAAGAAUUCGUCCUAAUGUCGUUUAUCAAACACCACGAAGAAAGAGGAUAUUAGAUGAUAUCACAAAUGGCUACGAAGCAGUUCCCAUUUCUGUAUCUAAUGAAAUUGAUGAUGAUAAGCCGCCACAAAUUGAGUAUGAUCCAAGAAGAUAUCCAUAUGAUAAAAAUACGGACAUAUCAUCUAUUUCAAUGGAUUUCUGUUGCGGUUGUACUUGCACUGACGAUUGCGCUGAUGAAUCUCGAUGUGAAUGUCGACUUUUAACUCGAGCUGAAGUUUUGCGUUUAGAUAAAAGCCUUCAACCGUCCUCUGCUAUAGGAUAUAUGUUUCGUAAUUUGGCUCUUAGUGGUAGUGACGAGUCUUAUAUGUCUGGUUUGUACGAAUGCAAUGAAAAGUGUGGAUGUAGUCGAAGUAGUUGCCAUAAUCGUGUAGUUCAGCAACAGAUAAAAUUUCCUUUAGAGUUAUUCAAAACAGAGAAAAUGGGUUGGGGUGUUCGAUCGUUGGUUGACAUUCCGGAAGGCGUUUUUGUAUGUACUUAUGCUGGUGCUUUUGGUGAUGAAUAUUUUGCCGACAUAAAUCUGGUAGACAAUGUUGAAAAAGAAAAGCACAAUGCAGGUGUUGAUUUGGAAGAUCCGAAUGAUGGUUAUUAUUCAGAUGAUGAGAUUCAAGGCAGAGAACAAAAUUUGUCUGAAACUGGAUCAGAAUUAGAAUAUGAGGAUGUUUCCGAUGAAGACGGCAAUUAUGAUAGUGGUCAAGACUCAUCGUUUUCGUCGGAGGAAAGUCAUGGCGCGAUGCAAAAUAUCAAAGUACAAAAGUUUCGAGGACGGGAGCAAGAAAAAAUUAGUUUCAUUGGCGGAAAUGAAGAAAUAGGUCCACCUAAAGGUCGAUUUGACAUGGUAAAAUACAUUGAAAAUAUGGGCUUUCCGUCGCUGUAUACAAUUGAUGCCAAGAAAAAGGGCAAUAUCGGUCGAUUUUUUAAUCACAGUUGUCAACCUAAUAUUCGUUCGCAAUUGGUAUAUGUUGACACACAUGAUUUUCGUUUACCGUGGAUUGCGUUUUUUACAACAACAAAGGUUUCCGCGGGAUCGGAGUUGUUCUGGGAUUAUGGUUACUCUGAAGGCACUGUCGAUGGAAAGCAAUUAGAAUGUUUUUGUGGAUCACGUUUCUGUCGCAAGCGUUUACUAUGA